UGCCAACUUGGUCUUGAUCUGUAGAAGCUUCCCAGACAGCGCACAGGGGCGUACAUAACAUGGAAGCAGCUGCCUUUCGGAUAUCUCAAAAAGGUCAUGAUUUCAAGUUGUGUCGAAUUAUCGGAUGGAAUAGUGGUGUUUGAUGAGACCUCCUCCACAAUUGCCGCCUCCUUUGCGGUAAUUUGCGCCGUCUUUGGGAUCAUUGGUAACGCUUCUGCUCUGGUGACCCUACUUGGGUCCAAUUUCUUACGCCAACACUCGACCACUCCUUUUUUGGUGUCUCUGAGCAUCUCAGACCUAAUCUUCAGCUUCUUCAACCUGCCUUUGUUGGCUCACAGGUUCUUCACCCGUGACAGGACUUUAGGGGAAGUGGCUUGUGUGAUUUUCCCGUUUUUUUUCUACUCCAAUGUGGGUGUGUCAAGUCUCAGCAUGAUGCUAAUCAGUAUUAAUCGGUUUGUUGGCAUCUACUUUCGCCGAAAUUUGGACCGCCUCUUCAGCCGUUGUAGAGGGGUCACAUGUGUCAUCAGUAUUUGGAUCUUUUCCUUCGUGGCCAUGAGUUUGCCUAUAGUCGGUAUCGGCGGUCACUACGGCUACGUUGAGGAAACUUUUAGCUGCACCUUUCUCCAUAACAAUGACACCUUGGCGUGGCUUCACGUGUAUUCCACCAUUUUUGUAUUGGCACCCUGCUUGGUGAUCCUGAUUUCAUACUUUGCCAUUCUGCGGAAGGUCUGUUCCACGGGAAACGCCAUGCGGUCAUCCAUCACCAACCCCGGGAGGAAGCCCAAUUUCCACCGCAAAUCCCAAACCAGGGAACGAGAGCUGACCAAGACGUUCUUUAUCAUUUGUACCUGCUACGUGAUCUGCUUCAUCCCUGGAUCGGUGCUCAUGGCUGUGGACCCAAUGCCACCUUGCCACAACAACCCAGGUUGGCAUGUGUUUGGCUAUGUGAUGUUCUGGUGCUCAACAAUUAUCAAUCCCAUCGUAUACAUCUUAGCCAACAGGCAUUAUCGAAAAUUCACCAUUUACAAGGUCAGGGGCUUAUUGGGCAUGCAAUCAGAGGAACUCAAGACAACAAGCCAAUAUUCGCCCAGUCUAACAUCGAAGGCGGCUGUGAGAUUCAGACUUAAAAUAUAUCCCAUCCUGGCCCAAGAUAGGCGGAUUAGAAUUUCGGACGAAGCCUUGCCCUUGAAACAACAGACCAUCUUUAGAUCGGCUUCAACAACUGCCCACAUUGAUGAAACAACUGAUCAUGAGGGCUCAAGUACCGCAAGCCCCGAUCCUGUUUGUCCAAUAAAAAGUGAAUUCCGUUGAAUCUCAAUUAGUCACCUCGUGUAUGUUGUCAGGCGUCCCAUGCGCUCGU